AUGAAUCCCUCUGGACUCUCUGCCAUUAAAGCUCUUCAGGAUGAGGAUACUUUCGACGUAGUCCGAGUAUGCGAGCGAUGCGAACGAGUAGGGGGGAUUUGGCACUAUGAUCCGACACCGGACCCCUUCCCCAGCCCUAAUUCCCCCCUUGAUGCCUUCGACUCAACGCUUUCUUCGCUUCCUUCAUUCACUCCUCCCCUGCCAGAGACCACCACCGCUCGCACUGGCAUCGAUACUCAUCGGGACAGCAAUGUCGGUGCUCAAGCCAUGGCCUUCAUGCACACUCCGUUCCCCGACACCAACUCCGCUGCUUCCAUCAAACAGCUCAGCCCCGCCAAUGCUUCUCGCCCUGUUGCCGUUGUGACAAACUAUAUUGAGAAUCUCUUUUGGCCCUACCUCAAUCUUGUCUCCAUGAGCACGACAGUUGAACGAGUCGAGAAGAUUGGCGCGAGAUGGAAGCUUACCAUGCGCCAAUCAAGCCCGCUGCACCGAGGAAACCCUCAGGAUUACGGGUGA